CAGGGUAUAUCUCUCAGGAUGAGCCACCCAUUCUUCAGUAGGGCCAGCAGCAGAGAGACAGACUCUGGGUGGCACCAUGGCCAAGUACAGGGUGAGGGUGUCCACUGGGGAGGCCUUCGGGGCUGGCACUUGGGACAAAAUGUCUAUUACCAUCGUGGGGACCCAGGGAGAGACUCCCCGACUGCCUCUGGACCAUCUCGGCAAAGAGUUCACUGUGGGCGCUGAGGAGGACUUCGAGGUGAAGUCCCCCCAGGACGUGGGCCCGGUGCUGCUGCUGCGCGUGCACAAGGCGCCCCCGGCGCUGCCCCUCCUGCUCGGGCCCUUGGCUCCGGACGCCUGGUUCUGCCGCUCGUUCCAGCUCACGCCGCCGCGGGGCUCCCUGCUCCGCUUCCCGGCCUACCAGUGGCUGGAGGGGGCGGGGAGCCUGGUGCUGCGGGAGGGGGCAGCGAAGGUCUCCUGGGCAGACCACCACCCCAAGCUCCAGCAACAGCGCCGGGAGGAGCUGCAGGCCAGGCAGGAGAUGUACCGCUGGAAGACUUACCAGCCAGGCUGGCCUCACUGCUUGGACAUGGAAACCGUGAAAGACCUGGACCUCAACACCAAAUACUCUGUAGUCAAGAGCACCAACUUAUACCUGCGAGCACAGUCUGCGUUUGCAGAGCUGAAAAUCAAGGGGCUGCUGGAGCGCAAGGGGUCCUGGAGGAGCCUGAGUGAGAUGGAAAUGGUGUUGAACUUCCAGAAGACCCCAGCCACCGGGGACAAGAGUGGAAGCAGGAGGACCAGUUAUGAGGCUCUGGUCGUGGUCAGCAGAGGAUGGUGGCCUCAGCAAAGCAGUGACAGCAGAGAUGGAGUGGACAGGUGGACCUGUCCUCAGGAUGGAGAAUCAGUGGGAUGUGAUGAGAAGAGGAAGAGAGGUCCCCAGGCUCUCCCACAGCAGCCAGGUGGAUGGAGGUGCCAUUUCCCAGGAUGCCAGGCAAUGGGAGGGGCCGGGCUGAAGGAGGAACCCACGUUCAGUCUCAGAUACGCUGCAUUUGAGGCUGAGUAUGUUUUUGAGCACUGGCAGGAAGACGCCUUCUUUGCCUCCCAGUUCCUGAAUGGCCUCAACCCUGUCCUGAUCCACCGUUGUCGCCGCCUCCCAGAGAAUUUCCCUGUCACUGAUGCCAUGGUGGCUCCAGUGCUGGGCCCUGGGACCAGUCUUCAGGCUGAGCUGGAGAGGGGCUCCCUGUUCCUAGUGGAUCAUGGCAUCCUCUCUGGUGUCCGUACCAAUGUCAUUAAUGGGAGACCUCAGUUCUCUGCAGCCCCAAUGACCCUGCUAUACCAGUGCCCAGGACAUGGGCUCCUGCUGCCCCUCGCCAUCCAGCUCAGCCAGACCCCCGGGCCCAACAGCCCCAUCUUCCUGCCCAGUGAUGACAAGUGGGACUGGCUGCUGGCCAAGACCUGGGUGCGCAAUGCUGACUUCUCUGUCCAUGAGGCCCUCACGCACCUGUUGCAUACACACCUACUGUCUGAGGUCUUCGUUCUGGCUACACUGCGCCAGCUGCCCCACUGCCACCCACUCUUCAAGCUGCUGGUCCCGCACACACGGUACACCCUGCAUAUCAACACACUGGCCCGCGAGCUGCUUAUCACCCCUAAGCGGGUGGUGGACAGGUCCACAGGCCUUGGCCUCAGAGGCUUCUCCGAGUUGAUACAGAGGAGCAUGGAACAGCUGAACUAUUCCGUCCUAUGUCUGCCUGAGGAUAUCCGUGCCCGAGGAGUUGAAGACAUCCCUGGCUACUACUACCGGGAUGACGGGAUGCAGAUCUGGGGUGCAGUGGAGCACUUUGUCUCCGAAAUAAUUGGCAUCUACUACCCGAGCGAUGUGUCCGUUCGCGAUGACAGUGAACUCCAGGCCUGGGUGUGGGAGAUCUUCUCCAAGGGCUUCCUAGGCCGGGAGAGCUCAGGUCUUCCCUCCUCAUUGGAGACCCGGGAAGCCCUGGUGCAGUAUGUCACCAUGGUGAUAUUCAACUGCUCAGCCAAGCACUCUGCCGUCGGUAGUGGGCAGUUUGACUACUGUGCCUGGAUGCCCAACCUGCCGCCCAGCAUGCAGCUGCCACCACCCACCUCCAAAGGCCAGGCAAGCCUGGAGGGGUUCAUAGCCACCCUCCCACCGGUCAAUGCUUCAUGUGAUGUCAUCAUAGCCCUCUGGCUGCUGAGCAAGGAGCCUGGAGACCAACGGCCCCUGGGCACCUACCCAGAAGAGCACUUCACCGAGGAGGCCUCACGGCAGAGCAUCGCUGCCUUCCAGAGCCGCCUGGCCCAGAUCUCCCAAGACAUCAGGGUGCGGAACCAGGGCCUGGUGCUGCCCUACACCUACCUGGACCCUCCCCUCAUCGAGAGCAGCAUCUCCAUCUAAAUCUGGAGAUCAGGGCCUCACGUGACAACUCUUUGACCACAUUGCUCUAGUCCCAGAGAAAGGGACUCCCCAGAAAAACAAGCCCCCACAUGCCUCUCCUAAGACAACCAGAUGCCAUGUAACUCACCCCCCACAACAAAACAGAAAUAAAUACAGAGAACAGAAUUUCA